AUGGGGAAACUGGUGAAGUUAGAAAACCCUGCAGAUGGGCAACCAUACCACAUCAAUAAUAACAUUGACAAUAACAAACAAACAAACAAACACCAUCUGUUCCUCUGUAAAUUCCAUUGUGAAAAUGACGAAUGUGACAUCGGAAAAUUGGCGCUGCAGUUUGAAAAUCCUGGAGAUGAGGUAACUGGUGGUCUCUAUCUGCAGUUUGAAAACCAUGCAGAUGAGGUAACUGGUUGUCUUUAUUCGAAGUUAGAAAACCCUGCUGAUGGGAAAACUGGUGGUCUUUAUUUGAAGGUUGAAAACCCUGCAGAUGGGUUUGAAAACCAUGCAGAUGAGAUAACUGGUGGUCUUUAUUUGAAGGUUGAAAACCCUGCAGAUGAGAUAACUGGUGCUCUUUAUUUGAUGUUUGAAAACCCUGCAGAUGAGAUAACUGGUGGUCUUUAUUUGAAGGUUGAAAACCCUGCAGAUGGGUUUGAAAACCAUGCAGAUGAGAUAACUGGUGGUCUUUAUUUGAAGGUUGAAAACCCUGCAGAUGAGGUAACUGGUGGUCUUUAUUUGAAGGUUGAAAACCCUGCAGAUGAGAUAACUGGUGGUCUUUAUUUGAAGGUUGAAAACCCUGCAGAUGGGUUUGAAAACCCUACAGAUGGAUUAACUGGUGGUCUUUAUUUGCAGUUUGAAAACCCUGCAGAUGAGAUAACUGGUGGUCUUUAUUUGCAGUUUGAAAACCCUGCAGAUGGGUUUGAACACCCUGCAGAUGGGCUUACUAGUGGUAUUUAUUUGAAGUUUGAAAAUCCUGCAGAUGGGGAUUAUAGAAAAAGUGAAUUAGAUAGGUCUUGUAAAGAAGACCUGGAGAGAAGUUUUACUGAACAUGUUGAUUUCGCAGAAGAAGUAAUAGAGACUGAGACAUUCACAGCAACACCUCUAUUUGAAGAUGAAUUCACUGUAAAAAACUGUAUGACCCAGACUGAUGAGACACCAAUGUUCUCAAUUGAGAGAUUUUCUUCCAACAAUGAACUGAUACAUUUUUAUACAGGUCUGGAGUCAUAUGCUAAAUUUAUGUUUGUGUUGAAUUCUUUGGGACCUGCAGCAUACUGUUUGAAAUACAUAUAUUUUCAAAUAAGUGGUAUAUCUGUUGAAAACCAACUGUUUAUGACUUUGAUGAAGUUAAGGCGAUAUUCAACAAACUUUGAACUGUCAACUUUUUUCUCAGUGUCUGAAUCAAGUGUGAAAAAUAUUGUUUACACAUGGAUUAUAUUUAUGUCAAAACAGUGGAGGGAAGCCAAUAUAUGGCCAAGUCAGAAUCUGGUGAGGUAUUUUAUGCCGUCGGAUUUUAAAUUAAAAUUUCCAAAGACGAGAAUCAUAAUUGAUGGAACUGAAUGCCCAAUUAAAAAACCUAAAGCACCUAGAGCUCAGCAGUCUACAUAUUCAACAUACAAGAACAGAAACACUAUUAAAGUUCUUGUUGGCACAACACCUGGUGGAUUAGUAAACUAUAUUUCUGAAGCUUAUGGAGGGUCUACCAGUGACAGACAAAUUGUUGAAAGGUGUAAAAUUGUAAAUGCCUGUGACCCCGGGGAUAGUGUAAUGGCCGAUAAAGGUUUUAACGUUCAGGAUUUGUUUGCGACAGCAAAUGUACGAGUUAAUGUACCAACGUUCUUCAAAAAGAAAAAUAGAAUGUCUGGGAAAAUAGUUGUUAAUGACAGGAAAAUAUCCAGUAAAAGGGUACAUAUUGAAAGAAUUAUUGGACUAGGAAAAACUUACAAGAUCUUGACAUGUCCUUUAACGGGCACGGAAACAAAGUUGUCAUCACAUAUAACUUAUGUCUGUUUUAUGUUGUGUAACUUCAAGACGUGUAUAGUUCCAAAACAUGCUUAGCACAUAGAGUACGACAUAGUUUCUGUUGACAGUUGUUGAUGUCAAAGAAAACACAACACUUUGAUAUAAUAAAUAUGUAUAUAUUGAAUACUUUCUGCAUAUUAUCAAACAAGAGAUUAAAAACAAGUAAAAUAAAUCAAUUUCAAAACUUCA